AUGAAGCUUAUCAUGGCGUUCUUCGUGUUGAUAAAUUUCUCGGGUCUCGUCAUCACCCUGACCUCCCCGAAGGUCAUGUCCAACGACAACAACGACUAUGAGGCGCGCGUGGGUCCCUUCGCGCCCCUCCGCCUUCCCUACAACAGCACCUCCAACAUCUACGCGAAGCCGAGCCAGGCCGUGAGAGCGCCGACGAUGAAGCAGCUUCCUCGGCCCACCACCAUCCACUUCUUCGAGAGGUCUCAACAGAUUCCUUUGACUCAAUGGAAGAAGAAGAAGACCUCCAAGAAGACCACGACCUUUGCGGCGUGGCGCAAAUCGCAGGCCAAGAAGCUCCUGGCCGAGACCAAGAUCAAGAACUCGAAAUUGGCCGCCGAUUUGGCCGCCUCGCACCAACAACGCGAUGCGCUCGCCGCCCAAGUGGCCGAGCUGCUCAACGUCCAACACCAGCGCGAUGAACUCGCCGCCCAAGUGGCGAGAAUCGAAGAAGAGCGAGCGCAGCUGGCCCGCCUUCUUGCCGCCGCCGUGCGCAACAACCAGCCGACAUGGAUUCGCCCCGCGCAAGAAGCGCCGGCGCCCAAUCCCAUGACUAUGGGUCAGUUCUUCGAUCUCACAAGCCUCCCCUCUCCGAAUAACACCAACACCAACACCACCACUCUCGAGCCCGUGGCCAAAGUCCCCACCCACACAGAGGAGCUCAUCGACGCCAAGUCCAACACAUCUCUCGACAAGAAGAUUGAUGAUCAGGAAACAAUCCACGAGGGUGAGAUCCUCGAGGAGCUCAUCAACGCCAAGUUGAGCACAUCACUCAACAAGACUGAUGACAAGUACAACAUCCACGAGGACAAGAUCCUCGAGAAGCUUCCCGCCUCUCUCCGGUACCCUCCUCUUGCGCGUUCUCCUUCUUGUGCGCCCACAGUUGCUGACCACUUCUACAACCACUACGACUACGACUACAGGAACGCGACGGACUUGACUCAGGGCUGGAUGUGGUCGGAGAGCACGACUGACAACAACACCAACAACGACAACGAUGACGAGCAACAGCAGCAACAACUUAACAAUGUGCUCAAGCAGCUUCCUGCCUCUCUCCGGAACGCGACAGACCUGAACCACGGCUGGAUGUGGUCGGACGACAAUGACGACAACCAUCGCGAUGUGCUGCACCAGCUUCCCGCCUCUCUCCGUGAAGCGAGAGAGCGAGAGAGCAAGAGAGGUCCCAUGACCCGGCUGGGCAAGGCUGUGCCGCCUCGAUGGGCAAGCCUGCAGCCCAUUAAGGCCGGCGAGGGCCUCGAGUCUUGCAUGUGCGCGUGGGUGGUGUGA